AUGUCUCUCCUUAUGAAUGAGGACUUCUCGAUCUACCAGCUGCGACUCGGCUACCUGAACCAAAUCCACGACGGGGUGGGCGAGCGUCUUAUCAACCUCAAUCCUGCCGUCCUGAACAACCCGGCCUUCCGUACAGCAGGCUGGACGCCUGAUAAUGCGGCCAUCAAACGAUGCUACUCCCCUCCCAUCCCGACCGCUGGCGGACCUGAGAUCAGCAAUGACUAUUUCAACAGACCGCGGCGGCCGACUGGCCGACCACUUGACGAGGAUGACGGCCUCGAUGGCACUGGAGGCAUGGUCACGGGUCACGGCAGUGAGGAUACUAUUGGUGCUGCACACCUGAACGAGCGCAGGCGUGAAAGACGUCGACGCAAAGAGCAGAUUGAUGACGAUGAUAGCUCAGACCUGAGCGAUGACAGUGACGAUGAUGAAUCGGCGAGAGGCCCGGCGCAGAGUAUCAAAUUUAGCAAAAUGCCCGUUAGACACCGCGAUCGUGCUAAGUCCUCUCCGCCUACAGCAGUCAAUACUUUGAAGGCUGGUUUCGCAGAAGGUCCUGAUCUUACGAUCACCAGCCCAUCUCGACCGACCCAGGAGACCUAUGGUAGACUUCGAAGCGGUAGUGGGAGUCAGAUAGAGGCGGUCAAACAGCGUGCCAGAAGAGACACAGCAACAAGUUCCGAGAUGUCUAGCGACAACGACAAUGCACCGACCACGUUCAAGAAGAAAUUGCCCGGUCGACCCGGGAAAGGCCCGAGCGUACUGGCUAUCGAUGAUGAUAUACAGGAAGAAGAAGUAGAUGGUGAAGGCGCCGCUGACUACGAUGACGAGGAUGAGGAUGAUCUCGCAGUUGGGGAGGCCUCAGAUCUGAGCGACGAUGAGUUUGACGGCACGGCGGACUCUCCUUCUAUGCUUGGUCUACCAGGCGCAAGUGAUGGAUUGUCGACAUCACCACUGAAGGCUCCACCAGAUAUGUUACCAGCCAUAUCUGCCACGAGUGGCUCGCCGAAGAAACAGGCGCGCGAUGCGCUUCCAAGGCUACCACAGCUGCCGCCCGGUCCAAGGCCUGUCAGCAUGUUGCCACAACCAACGUCGAUGAUCAGUAUGAUGCUGAAAGGUGCAGGCGGCGGUGUCGGCGAUAAGCCAUUCCAGCGGUUUGCGGAGCUUUCAGGCAAAGACGAGACCAGUCCGCUCUGGGUCAAAAUCUAUGCUCCAUUCUCAAACAGUUCUUCUCGGCCUUUGCAGGUACCGAUCGUACGCAGGACCAAGGAUGAUCGUCCAGUCACUGUCGCGGAUCUGAUUGGGCUAUCACUGUGGCGCUACGUUGAAGAGGACUUUAAGCCGGAGUUGAAGCAUGAUGAAGCUAACAUCAACUGGUGGACUCUUCGGAUAGUAGACGAUGAGGAGAUCGAUGAUGACUUUCCGGCACUGAGUCGCACCCGACCUCUUGUUGACUUCACCACAAACAACAACAAUCCACCUCGGAGAGCUCGUGACAAGCCUUGGGACGAGUUUGGUCUUGUCAAGGCGACCGAAGAACAAUUCAAGGAGAACGAGGAGCUCACUCCACAGAUUGGAGUGUCUGGCAGCAUGCCUCCUCCACCACUUCCAACGCCAAAGCUGGAGACAUCGAAGGUGCUCAUGGCACCUCCACCAAUGCAGGGUACAGUUUCUGAUGCGCCACCAACGCCGACCUUCAACCCUGCACGUAAUCCCAUCACAGGUCCUUCUUUUGCACCCAGUGCGAUGCGGAAAGACUCAUCGAAUCUUCUCGAUGCACCACAGCGUGAUCAGAAGCAAGGAGCAGCCAAGACUGGAGCACCACGAACAGUCAAUGUUACCUUUACCGACCCCUCCACUUUCGCGACACGCAAUGAACGAUAUGAGACAACUACCGAUAGUUACAUUGCCGAAAUCUUUGAAAAAGCAUGUGCACGGCUUGGACUUGACAAAGCACUCUUCGUCUUCAAGAUCCAUGGCACUCAGGUAGUAGCGCCGCCUGAUCGGACCAUUGAAGCGCUCAACGAGAAACUUCAUCUGGACCUCGUGCGGCGACGUUUCGCAGGAUCUGGCAUGGCUGGCGGCGACGGCAUGUUUGGUCUUGGCCUCUCUGGCUCGCCAGGUAGUUCCUCGCCAAAUGCUCCGCUUGAUCUUACACCAGCGAUUGCUACACCUACGCACACCAAGAAGAAAGGCAUGAAGGGCUUCACGCUACAUCCUCUUGCCGCACAACAGAAGUCAGACUUCAAAUCAACCGCUGCAUCGACCCUGGAUCUCGCCACUGGGGGCUUCGGCGGCGAUGGCAAGCGCUACAAUGUGAUCCGGAAACAACCACUAAGCUUUGCUGGAACUCAUCCUCGAACGCUUAUAAUCACGCCAGAGUACAUGACCAUUAUGCCUGCUGCUCCAGACAGUUUGGCUGCGCCUACCGGCAAGGUGACGAACGUGCCGAUGACGAGUGUCAUAGGAGCCAAGGUCAGUCGCAAACACCCACGAAUGGUCAGAAUCCUGGUCUACAAAGAGAAAGAGCAGAAGAGGUACGACUUCGAGGCUAUCAAUCACCGUGAGGCGGAGGAGAUUGUUGGCGAUGUACAGAAAGGAAUGGAUGCUGCGGCACCGAUGGCCAUGACCGGUGGCUAG